AUGACAACAUUUCGUUUAGCUACAAUUAAUGUUCAUUAUUUUGCUGAUCCAUCGACACAUGAAAAUAGUAUCAAAAGAUUAGUAACAAUUCUUAAACCAUAUAACUUCGAUUUGAUUGCUGUUCAAGAAGCAAACAAUGAUGAAGAUUGGUUCCAAUUCUGUACCCUUCUCGGUUUAAAUCAUUUUAUAUACGGAUCAUGUGAAGAGGAUGUUUUUGGUAAUGGUGGAAAAAGAUCUUUACUACAAUGUUGUUUAGAUAGUGAUCAUCCAUUUGUGAAAGAUCGAAUAUUUGCUGUUACGCAUUUAGAUCAUUUAAAUGAAAAUGAUCGAUUAAAACAAAUUAAAGAUUUUGAUCCAUUAAAAAAAAACAUUGAUAUACUUAUGGGUGAUAUGAAUUCAUUAACAUGGGAUGAUUAUUCAAAUCAUUAUCAUGAAAAAAAUGUAUUUGGAUUACGAAAAGCAUCUAAAUGGGAGAAACCUUUUUUGAUGUAA